GUGUGUGUGCGCCUAUAUAGAACAAGCGUGAUGACAUAAAAGAAAAGUUUAUAUAGUUCUCUCUUUGUCCUGGUUCAAAGCAAACAUUUCUUUUAGUAAAUCUUGUCUUAUUUACCUUACAAUAAAGCAAACAUGAAAGACAAUACAAGCUGGUCCUGUUCUUGUUUUUCAGUGAAACUAUGCUUGUUGUCCCUUCUCUUUCUCACUGAGACACUCGUCGCCAUAAAGCUACCGCCAAACUUGAAGUUUCCAGCGCUAAUAGCUUUCGGUGACUCCAUUGUCGACACCGGAAAUAAUAACAAUGUCAAAACCGUAGUUAAGAGCGAUUUUCAGCCUUACGGUAUCAAUUUCCAAGGCGGAGUUCCCACCGGGAGAUUUUGCGACGGACGAGUCCCCACCGAUUUGAUUGCCGAAGAAUUGGGAAUAAAAUCAGUUGUACCUGCAUAUCUCGAUCCAAGUUUAAAGACUGAAGAUAUUUUAACCGGUGUUUCAUUUGCGUCGGGAGGUUCUGGUUACGAUCCUUUAACACCUAAACUCGUGGCAGUAAUAUCAUUAGAAGAGCAAUUAAAAUAUUUCGAGGAGUACAUAGAGAAAGUGAAGAAUAUAGUUGGGGAAGAAAGAAAAGGGUUCAUAUUAGCCAACAGCUUGUUCUUAUUGGUCGCAGGCAGCGACGACAUAGCCAACACUUACUAUGUCCUCCGUGCAAGACCUAACUACGACGCCGAUUCGUACACUACUCUUAUGGCCAACUCUGCCACAGAUUUUGUAAAUAAACUAUACGGAUAUGGAGUGAGAAGAAUAGCCGUGUUUGGUGCACCGCCACUUGGUUGUGUACCAUCACAGAGAACCUUAGGAGGAGGUCUUUUGAGAGAAUGUGCUGAGAAUUACAACGAAGCAGCAAAGCUUUUUAAUUCAAAGAUCUCCGCAAAAUUGGAUUUGUUGCAUAAAACUCUACCGGGUAUCAAACCGGUCUACAUUAAUAUCUAUGACCCUCUUCUCAAUAUCAUCCAGAGUCCUGCAAAAUACGGAUUUGAAGUGUCUAAUAAAGGAUGCUGUGGAACUGGACUCGUAGAAGUUGCUGUCCUGUGCAAUAAAAUCACAUCUUCUCUUGCACGCCCUAUUCUACAAUCUCUUCAUUACAAGAAAGAAACGAACAAAAGGUUAAUUCUGUCUUGUCCGAAGUCCACCACAGCCAUACGACAUCUCCAUAACGCAAUGCAUAAGUAUAUAUAUGUGAAGACCCGCACCUUUUCUCAUAAGAUAAUGGCUGGUACCAGACCUAAAAAAGAGAUUAUAGAACCUAGGCCAAAAUUCCUCACAAGCAGGGAGCAUUCCCAUAUGAGGAUAUCAUCUGGAAGUUUUAUGACAAACAUACGUACGCACUACGCAUUAAUAAAGUUAUAUACAUGCUUGGAGUCGCACUCUACUGGCAAUACGUGUUUUGACAUACUCCCUAAUAGUUUGUCUCUUAAAGCAGCCUGUUAUGGUUGAGAUUAAGUACACUACCCAGUUGUUUGCUACGAUUAAA